ACUCCAAAGACUCCAAAUAAAACAUUUUGUCCAGGGCUAUGAAGUAUUGGAGAUCAAUAGUGAACACAAGAUGGCCUGUGCAAGCUUUAAUGCUACAGAAAAAAGUACUACAGAAGAAAUUCAAAAGUUAUCUAAGGAAACCAAGGCAAAAAUUGAAAAAUAUCUAGAGGGAGAAAAUUCAGAAAAAAAGAAAAUGGAAUGCAAAUUUCCAUUAUUUUUCUUUAUGACUAAUACCACCCCAGAGUAUACUCUUACUAUGUGUCACAACAUCACAGAGACGACAACCCCCCCUGAGCCCCUGCCAGGAAAAGGGUACUCUAAAACCCCUGACGUGUUUCUGAAAUCCUGCGGAAAAGGAGAAUACUAUGUGAGAAAAUUCUCCGGACCAGGAGGUGAUAAUCAGGAUAAGACCUGGCACGAGGAGGUAAAGAAGCUUCAAGAAGAAAUCGACGGAGAAGGUUUAAAAUAUGACAACACCAUUAUCUAUGGAAUGACCAACAACACCAGAGAGGAAACUAAAGACAGGCAAGAUUCAGUUAUGCUGAAGAAAGCUGAUGAUUCUGGAAAGGCUGAUGAAACAACAACAACAGCUGCAACAACAACAACAACAGCUUCAACAACAACAACUGCAGCAGAGACAACAACAAAAAAAGAAGAACCGAAAGGGUAUAGUGCAGACAAAGAAGAACCGAAAGGGUAUAGUGCAGACAAAGAAGAAGAAAAGAAAGGAUAUAGCGACAAAUAAAUAAAAAGAAACGAAAAAAUGAAAAAGAUAAAAA